AGCCAGGGCUGGUGUCUGGGGGAAGGCAGUGGUGAUCUGUGUGUCCCGGGCGCUGACAUUUGGCUCUGGGCUGCUCUGCUCCCUCCCCUCCCGCCUGCUGCAGCUGCAGAGGCCGCCGCUUGGAGCCCAGACCGGACCAUGUUCUGCACCCAGCUGCACGCUGCCUCGCCGGUCUGCUGAUCGGUUCGUCCCCGAAGACCUCGGCAAUGAUACGGAGAGAGAUCGCCGGCUCCUACCGAGAGCUUACAAAUGAUCAAACGGAGGAAAGGCGUAAUAGUUCUGAUCUCGCCGUUGAGAAUGAUGCAGAGGAAGAGUAUGUUAACAACGAAGUGUUGCAAGACAAUAACGUGGGCUCAACAAUCCUUUCUUCUAUCUUCGGGAAAGCCUGUCUGAAGAACACGUUUUCUGUCAUUCUUAUCUUCAUCUACCUGCUGUUGAUGUCCGUGGCCAUGUUCCUGGCCUAUCAGACCAUCACUGACUACAGAGAGAAGCUCAAACAUCCUGUCAUGUCUGUCUCUUUCCAGGAAGUUCAGAAAUACGAUGCUCCUGGCAUAGCAUUUUAUCUGGAUGAAGCUGAGCUCCUGAGUUGUAAGCAUCAUUUUCAUGAUCGUGUUCAGUUUGUGGUGUCUCCAGGCCAUCCGGGUGAAAUAGAUUGCAUCAAGGAACAUGUCACUUACAUGGACCCUUACAGAAACCAAACCUUGAAGUCAGCCCUGGUUAUCCGUGGACCCCAAGAUGUGAGGAAGAAGGAGCUGGUAUUCUUGCAGUUCCAUCUAAAUGAAACGGAAGAAGAUUUCAGUGCAAUUGAUUAUCUCUUAUUCGCUUCGUUUGAGGAGUUUCUUGAGAGUCCUGACAAAGCACAGUUCAUGCAGGACAGUGAACGCUCAUACUCCGUCUCGACUUUUUCUGGAGGUUUUCGAACAUGGGUCAAAAUGUCUCUGGUGAAAACGAUGGAGAAAGAUAGAAGUGAAUCGGUGGAAUUCAGACAGGAGUCCACUCUUGUGAGAUACAACGACCGUCGACAUGGUUCUGACCAAAGUGACCAGUGGUUCUUCGUUGUGUUUGAAUGGAAAGAUCCGUUCAUUCAGGAAGUCCGAGAUAUAAUCACAGCCAAUCAGUGGAACACGAUUGCCAUCCUCUGUGGCGUUUUCUUGGCUUUGUUCAAGGCUGCAGAGUUUGCAAAGCUCAGUAUUAAAUGGAUGAUUAAAAUUAAACAGAGGCAGCAAAAACGGAAAACCCAGGAACUGGACCAGAUGAGUUAACCCAGGGACCUAAUGAGCCCAUUUAAGAAAUGCAGAUCUAAUCCACUUUCUCCAAUCCAGCACUUCAUAUAUUUGUUGUGUGGAACUUAUGUUAUGACUGCUGCCAGAAUACAUUUGACGAUAGUCAAUCUGAUGAAAUGGGAUACAUCAGUCUUGGGAAAACUGUAACGUUUUAUAUUCAAUCACAGUUUCUAUGAAGAGGAAGGCUUGGGUAAUAACAAAAUAUCAUCACAGAAGUGUUACCUAUAAAUUCCAUUAGUCUUUUUUGGAUUGUGGGGUAACCAGGGCUUGGAGUCUUGUGAUAUAAGAUGCAUAUCAUUGGGAAACUGGUUUUGAUUGUCCAUAAUGUUACUGUUGCUGGACCAGUGAAUAUGCUUUGUGUCAACAUUCAUGUAAUCGGAGGUAAGGCAGUGUUCAGGCACGGCAAUGCACUUCAAUGCAAAGUUGUCUCAAUAAAGACAUUAACAAAAAUACUUAUUCCAAAGUAAUAUUUAAAUGCUGCUAUUGAUCACAGUAUGUGUGGAACGUGGUUUUGCUGUGAAUUAUAAAUUGUUGUUGAAUUCAACUAAUUUCUUUAUAAGCAAGCCUAGUUACACCGACAUACUGCUAUUAUCUUAUCAGCAUUAUUUUGUUUGUACAUCGAAAAUACGUCUGAAGAAUGUACGUACUUUAUUGAAUUAUGAUAGCGGUUUUGAGUAGCUAUUUGGAUGGACUAUUUUUAUGAAAAGGAAAGAGUUAUGAUAUUGUGACUUGAAACACAACAAGUUAGUUAAACUUAGCUUAUGUUGGACACAUCAGGAAGGAAGACUCCUCCAUUAAUAAAUGCCUUCAAAUGGUUUGAGUAAAAUAAGAUUUAUGUUGAAUUCUUUAUAGCAACGUAUGUUCAGGCACACAGGUAGUUCUGCUAUAAUGCGAUAAUUGUGUCAGGGUGGAAUUCCAGCUUUAAACACUGCACAUGGGCAUCACUGUCAGGCAUUAGCCUCAGCUGGCUGCAAUCAUUACUUGCUCCAUUGCAGGGAGAAGGAAAAUAGCCGGUGCACUCUCACUUCUCCCCUAAAUUGUUAGAGCUCCUCUUUGGGCAGAAAAGGCUAUUAAAGAUGGUAGAUAUCAAGGCCAGAACCUGGGUCUGGUUUUCCCUGCAUCUCUGAAAUAGUAGGUUCUCGGGAGUAGCUGCUCGUUAGUCAACUCUGGCAAGUGAAAAAAAAAAUACUACUGGUUAGUUCCCCUCUCCUCCACUCGUGCUUUGAUUUUAAAGGAACAUUUAGGUAAAAUAAAAUAAUGGUGUCUGGAAACUGGUAGGGAAAAUUAGGGAAUAAUGCAUCCUAGUGCUGGCCUACUAUCGGGGGCUACCUUUAUAUUCUUAAUGAACCUAAAUUAGGAGCGCAUCAGAAUAUCCAAUGAUCCUCAAGUUUAAUAAUUCUAAUAGAUCUUUUAAAAAGCAGUUUACCUGUAACUAAGGCUCUAAAUAUUGAAUCUUUGUUUGGGUAGUUAAAAUAUAAGAAUGCGUUCAUCCAAGAUAGCUAAAAUGUGUUCUGAUCAUUAAUGAAAGAUCGCCCUAAUGAUCAUAAUAUAGGCUUUGGGUGUAAGGGGAGGGAGGAAUCAAGACUUAACAAAAAUAAUACUGUACUGUUAAAAUAUAAGAAUUGCAACAUUUAAGAUAUUCCUCAAGUUUUAUAUUUUUAAAAAUGUUGAGAAAUAAACUUUUUUUGAACUGCUGUCUGUUAUUAAGAAGUGUUAACUUUUGAUUAUUGCCUUAGUCUUGAUACAGGCUAGGUAACAGUAUCACAAUUGUUGAUUAUUAGUUAACUGACAUGUAGUGCUAGAUUCUUAACCGGGAUAGCUAAGAAGGUUAAGUCUACUCAAACUAUUGUCUGAAAUAAUGUUAGUAUUCUGACAAUUAACCGGUAAAUUACUUGUUGGAUUAAACUUGUCAAAUGUUCCAUAACUAUUUUUAAUGUGUAAAAGUAUGCAGAUUAAUAAAGAUGCUACUUUAUCAACA